UUAAAGGUGAGUACGGUGUUUCUGCCAACGUUAUUAUGGGAACGGCUUGGGAGGGGACAAAAGGGCAUUACGGUCUGAUAAUUUUAUUUCCUCUCUCCCCCCAAUACAUUGUUAUUGACAUUUGCAAAUACUAUUUUUUUUCCUUAGGCUAUAAUGAAGGUAAUUUGAACCUUCAAGAAAGCCCUUACUCAGUUCUCCCUAACAAAAAACCCCGAGCCACUCAAAAGUGAGCAGUUAAAACGUAAAUUAACAUCGUCCGAUAAUUUAUUUCCUCUCCUCUGAUUCUUUCAACCUGAUAAAAACGUUUUAGUAUAUGAUAAAUUUAGGAAGAGCAAUUUUUACACAAACGCUAUCUCUUUCGUGCUUUAAAGUUAAAUUUUUGGAAUUUAAUUGUAAUUUUUUGCUUCAUUUUAUAGGUUUCCUUUGGUCUUGAGACACCGUUGAACUUCGUGAAACAAAGAAAAAUUCCCCCACAGUUGAGCCUCUGAGACGACACACAAAAAAGCCAUCUACAUUUCUGAUCGUCUGUAUUGGGAAGCUGUUAAAAUUCUUUAUGAUCUGAAGGAGAACAACUGCCACUAAAAACAUAAACCAAAAUUAAUAUUUAGCAACAACUUUCCCUGAUGUUUUUUAUCAAGCAACUUUUUGUUACGAAAAGUUGCUUUUUUUUAAAAUGAGCAAAACCAAAUUCAUUUUUUUCUUUAAAAACACAGCUUAAUCCAAAAAAGCUAAACCUUGAGGCGCUGUCGACGAGAAAAUUAAUUGGAUAAAUUUACAAACAUGGGUUCUAGACCCAUAGACCCGAAGGAGCUCCUCAAAGGACUGGAUUGUUUCCUUGGCAAAGAUGGAGAAAUCAAAACUCAUGAAGGCAUCACUAAAAUUUUUAAUUUAAUGAAAGAUGCGCAGAAGAUGGUCAGUCGGUGCAUCUACUUGAACAUUCUGUUGCAGACCCGAGCACAAGAUAUACUCUCGAAAUUCAUCAAAGUUGGUGGCUAUAAGCUCCUUAACACGUGGCUAACAAGCUCAAAAGCAUCCAGUAAUGUCCCCCUUCUUCAGCAGAUUCUACUCACACUCCAACACUUACCUCUGACUGUGGAUCAUCUGAAACAAAACAAUACUGCCAAAUUGGUGAAGCAGCUCAGCAAGUCAAGUGAUGAUGAAGAGCUUCGUCGACUGGCUUCCAUACUGGUCAGUGACUGGAUGGGCGUGAUCCGCUCUCAGAGUAGCUCCCAGCCUACAGAACGAGAAAAGAAAAAACGAAAGGAAGAAAACAGAAGCAAAGCACCUGUUCAGGAGAAGCCUCAGGAAGCCAAAUCAGAAGCUAAGCCUGAGGAGACCCCUGAAAAGAAGAAAGAAAAACCAAAAUCUCUCCGCACCACAGCACCCAGCCAUGCCAAAUUCCGUUCCACAGGUUUGGAAAUGGAGACUCCAUCACUCAUUCCUGUGAAAAAGAACAUGAAUGCUGCAGUAACCUCUGAUAAAUAUAAUUUGAAGCCAAUACCACUGAAAAGACAGAACACAUCAACCCCAAUUUGUGAGAACCCACCUGCUGAAAAGAAAUACAAACCCCUCAACACCACCCCCAAUGCUACCAAGGAAAUUAAAGUGAAGAUCAUCCCCCCACAGCCUAUGGAAGGAUUGGGCUUCUUGGAUGCCCUAAACUCUGCCCCUGUCCCAGAAAUCAAGAUCAAAAAGAAAAAGAAAGUCCUGUCUCCAACUGCAGCUAAGCCAAGUCCUUUUGAAGGGAAGCCAGUCCCAGAAACCGCUGCUGCCAAGCCAUCUUCACCUGAGUUGAACCCAGCUUCAGAGCCAAUGGAUGUGGAUCGACCUGGUACUCCUGUGCCAGCUGUGGAGGUGCCCGAACCCAUGGAGACAAAUUCCUCUGAGCAUGGAGGUUUGUUGGAUUCAAAGCCAACUGAGAGCCCAGCUGAUUCAACCCAGUUGACAAAGAAGGGUAAAAAGAAAAAAACAGUGAGCUGGCCUGAGGAGAAUAAACUGCGGGAAUAUUUCUACUUUGAAUUGGAUGAGACAGAGAGAGUUAAUGUGAAUAAGAUCAAGGACUUUGGCGAGGCUGCCAAACGAGAGAUACUACUGGAUCGCCAUGCCUUUGAGACAGCCCGUCGGCUUAGCCACGACGCUAUGGAAGAGAAGGUUCCCUGGGUGUAUCCAAAGGCUAUUGAUUUGCCUGCUCCACUGGUUCAGCCCGGAAGUGGCAGUCAGGAGAAAUUCACUCAAGCUGAGCGUGAGAAAGGCAUUUUACAAGAAAUCUUUCUCUCAAAAGAGAGUGUUCCUGACAGCCCUCAUGAACCAGACCCAGAGUCCUAUGAGCCAGUGCCACCCAAGCUGAUUCCUUUAGAUGAGGAAUGCUCCAUGGAUGAGGCCACCUACGAGGAAAGACUCGACCCAUCCACCGCCUCGCAGUCUCCGGACGGAGCUGGGGGCUCCAAGCUGCCCCCGGUCCUGGCCAACCUCAUGGGCAGCAUGGGGGCAGGCAAGAAUCCGCAGGGCCCCAACCCCAGCUCUUCCAUCAACAUGCAAGAGAUUCUCACCUCCAUCAUGGGUGGCUCAAACAAUCAUAAAACAGAAGAGUUGAUGAAGCAACCAGAUUAUUCUGACAAGAUCAAGCACCUGCUCGGCAAUUUGCAGGGCCAGCCUGGACCAGGUCCUUCAGGAGUUCCACAUGGGCUGCUUGGACCAGGACCUGGCCCGGUCCCCAAUGGAUUCCCACCAGGGCCCAAAAAUAUGCAACACUUUCCUCCUGGAGGGCCAGGACCUAUGCCUGGACCACAUGGAGGCCCAGGUGGCCCUAACAUGCCUCCAGGCCCUGGUGUGCCCAAUGGACCUCGGAUGAUGGGCCCACCUCCUCCCCAGUGUAAUGAUGGAUACUGGGAUCCUCCUGAUGGUGGCAUGCGUGGUGGGCCCCAUGGAGGCAUGAGAGGUGGCAGUCCUGGCCCCGGCCCUGGCCCCGGCCCUUUCCAUCGUGGCCGUGGUGGCAGAGGUGGAGAGCCUCCUUUCCGAGGGCGAGGAGGUGGACGGAGUGGUGGUCCCCCCAAUGGUAGGGGGGGCCCUCCCAACAACAGCAUGGGCGGUGGCCAUGGAGGGGGACACGGCAGCAGUGGCCACGGAGGGGGUCACGGCAGCGGUGGCCAUGGAGGGGGACACGGCAGCGGUGGCCAUGGAGGUCACGGAGGAGGGGGCCACCCAGGGGACCACGGCAGGGGACAUCCAGGCGGCCAUCCAGGGGACCACAGCAGGGGACAUCCAGGCGGUCAUCCAGGGGACCACGGCCGGGGAUAUCCAGGGGACCACAGCAGGGGACAUCCAGGGGACCAUGGCAGAGGUCACCCAGGGGACCACGGCUGGGGGCACGGAGGCGGCCAUGGUGGAGAUAGGUCAAAGCGUCCCGUAUGUCGUCACUUCACCAUGAAAGGCAGCUGCAGAUACGAAAACAACUGUGCCUUCUACCACCCUGGAGUGAACGGGCCGCCCUUGCCCUAGCACGAGGAGCCUGUUUCCUCCUUGCCUCUGCUGACUGUGGCAUCAGCACACAUUCCCACUGACUUGGACUUGGCCUUGCGUUCCCAUUUCAGACUGAUGCUGCAUCUGCUUUUUAUGGCUUCUGUGAGGCCCGUUAAAUGCUUGGAGCAAGGGAAUGUGACUACUUCCUCCUUCCGCAUCUGCUGCUACUGAUGAACUGCCACACCCCCAAAAGAGAAACUGUUGGGAGGCAUCUUCCCCCUCCCUGUCUGGGGAGAUGAGGCAACCAAUGACUUUGAAAGCACAAGAGACUUAAAAGAGGGUUUUUAAAAGCCAGUGUGUGUAAAUAUUCCUGUGGAACCAGCAAAGGAAGGGGAUAUUCUUGCUCACAGCCUUGACUUGACUCUGUGCUGGGUUCUUCAGCUUCCCAGGAACCAGACUUGUACUGAAGAAUUGCUUUGGUCUGGAGGAAGAGCUGGCAUCAGCGGGAAAACUCCUUUUUAGGAACAUGUGUGUAAGGCAGGGGAGAGGUUACAGCAACUGCUUGUGGAUCAUUCUGGGAGAUGCAAGGGCAAGAGAUCCAUUGCUCCUGUCUAAAGGCCCUGUAGGAGAACGGGGAUUUCCAGCAGCUGCCACUUACACAAUACCCUCUUGAACCAUGAUGCCCCAUCUGCCCCUUUGUAGAAUACCCCUUGCAGUGCCCUAUUGACUGCACAGAUGUGGUUUCCCUUGGUGCUAAGUCUGCCAUUGGGGGAAACCUACAAACUGUUUUCUGUGAAAACUCAACCUGGAGACUAAUGAUUUAGGGGGUAACUUUUGUUUUCCUGAUUUACAUUGUUGGUUGUGGGUUUUUUAAACAGUCUCAUAAGAUGUGGACUCUUCACAACAUCUUUCAUCUCCCCUCAUCUUGAAGUGGGUGCAGCAACCCCUCUCCUGGGGGGAACAAAAUGUCUCGCUCUAAGUUUUGUAUAUUUUGUACAUUAGUAAUAAAGAUGGUGAAAAAGAAAUAUCUAAUUUAA